CGACUGGGGUUUGAAGAAAGAUAGUUCGAUCAACAUUGCUAAUCUAUGCACACGAACACUCUUCUUUGCGCAUGCGCAACGCUAACUGCUUUUUAUUGGCUUUGGUGACAUUAUUUGGCCGAAUGGCGUUGGCUCCGUCAACAGGACAGGUCUCCGCUGACAUGGCUGAGAAAAGUUUAGGAUUCUAAGUUCUUUGGUGAACUGUUCUUGGCCAUUCCCAGGGAGAGGGGAGUUUCACAAAGUUUAGGUGUGACGUACACGUAGAGUCGUUCUCAAAUUUCAGUCUGUUUUCGAUGUAAAAGUAUCACUGUUACCGUGUUUACACUUAAUCGGCAUUUGAAUCGGCUUUUUCAUAGCGUGUAAACGCGAGUAACUUGAAUCGGCUCGCGGUUCAGAACCGGCAAUUUGCACCACCAAAGUAGUAGGUUCUGAACCGCGAGCCGAUGCAGAAUCGGCUUUUUUACUACGUGUAAACAGAAAGCCGAUUCUGCACCGGCAAUUUGUGCGCAUUUCAAUUACUUUACCAUUGUGACGUAAUUGUUAGCGCACUGAUCCAGCGUUGUCUUUAUUAUGACGUAUCAUUUCAAGUUUUUGCAUCGGCUCGCGGUUCUGAACCGUGAGCUGUAACAAUGUGUAAACGCAAUCCAAAUGCCGAUUCUGCAUCGGCAAUUGGUUCAGAACCAAUUGCCGAUUAAGUGUAAACACGCUAUGUAUUGGUGAAAUCAUGUUUAGAGGACGCGCGGUACUGCGUAUCUAGCAAGCGGAUAGCGAAAUACGUGCGCGUCGGCAUAUUCUAACAAGGCAAGGAUUUUUGGGGAGAUCCUAGUGGCCAAGAUGGGGGUGCACGCAGUCUUCGGCCGUCGGCCUCGUGAUCGCGCAGAAAAUUGCUACGCACUUUGACUGGGACAUAAUAAAAAAAAGAGUCAUUAUUAUUUCAUAAAAAUUGCUUCUAAUUAUGAUAAUAUACGCGUAAAUGAUAUACAAAAUUAAACUUUUUGCUCUAACUCCCUAAAUGGCAGGCCUCCUCCGAAUGUACUAAUUUUGGUGUAGAAACUCUUUAUAAGCAUAUCCACUUAAAAAUGUGUUAUAUCAGAUUAAUAUCUUAUACUUUAUAUUGUUUUGGUUAUUUCUUAUGUAUUCGUUUCUCGAGUUUUGUUCUGUCAUUGUUUUAUCGAAGAUAUUUGUGGGCGAUCACAAACAGCAUAGCAUCAAGUAAACGCAAAAAUGUCCAUACGUUUGCGACAAAGACAAUUUGUAUUGAAUUUAUACACAAAUUCAGGGGGGCGGGGUGAGAAUUUUUCAUGACAUGCGAUUUCAAUAUUAUGUGUGUCCUUGGAACGGCGUACCCGGGCAUCACAAAUUAUGUGUUAAAAGGUGCGGGAGACUCAAAACAAAGUCACAAGUCGUCGCAGCGAGUAGUUGCGAAAAUAUCGCUCGAAAUGUCAAGCCCCCCCCCCCCCCCUCCACCGGCAUAGUAGGGGUGAAGCAAAAAUAAAGAAAAUAUUCAUCAAAGAAUUUAAGAGCAAUGAACUAUUAGAGGUUUUAAUGUGUAACUUAAUAUCAUGCGGGCAGCUCCCAAUUAUAUCAGGUAAAAUAAAUUUUAUAACUUAACAAAUUUUACUGGAACAUGAUGAACAAAAUAUAUUUUCUUAUAAUUGGGUUUACGAGAUAAUGUGCUUGAUUAUAUAUCUCCCGACCAAAUAAUAUUGCUUGCAUUUUUUCUUCAUUAAAUUGCCUUUUUUUAUAAGACACCUAUGGAGGAGCUGCCCACCUGUGAGGUCACAAAAUCUAAACUUUAACAUUCUGUCAUAACUUUUAAUUAACGGAUUUCGUCCCCCAAAUCACCAACAUUCGUCAAUUUUUCUGCUUUUUUCUAAACCCAAAUUCUCAUCAGGCAGAACUUCGUUUCUUUAUCAUUCCAAGCACCGCUCCAUGAGAAGAAAUAUAAAUAUGUAAAAAAAGCGACUUCAUAGGCAUUAGGAGGAGGGCGCUAAUGAGCUUUAAUAUCGUCAGAAGUCGAUACAAUAAAUUCAUUGAUUAGAGAUUUGUGUAAAUGUUGCACAUUGUCAGAUAUUUUGAAGGUCUUGCAAGUUUAGCCAUUAAGAAUGUGCACAAAGACAAGCUUACUGGAAGUGUGACCUUAAAAAGAAGAUAAAUAAAAUCGAUUAAUCGUGUGUGCGUUCCCCUAACACUCUUAAAGGUCAAAUCCACCUCAGUAAAAUGUUGAUUUGAAUCAAUAGAGAAAAAUCUGACAAGCAUAACGCUGAACAUUUCAUCAAAAUCGGAUGUAGAUAAGAAAGUUGACAUUUUAAAGUUUCACUUAUUUUUCACAAAAUAGUUAUAUGCACAAUUUAGUCACAUGCAAAUGAGAGAAUUGAUGAUGUCCCUCACUCACUAUUUCUUUUUUUUUUUAUUAUACAAUAUUUCAAUUUUUACAGUUUUUUGGCAAUAAGGACCAACUUGACUUAACCAUAAAAUGUUAAUCAAUGAUAAUUUCACAUGUUCAGGGAGAAAUAAAACUUUUUUUCACCGGACAAUUAGGAGAAAAUUUGAAUAUUUCUUAUAGGAAAAUACAAAGAAAUAUUGAGUGAUGUCAUCAGUUCCCUCAAUUGCAUACGGACCGGGAUGUGACUCUACCUAUUUUGUGAAAUUAAGCAAAACUUAAAAAUGUCAUAACUUUCUUAUUUUAAAUCCGAUUUUGAUUACAUUUUCAGUGUUAUGCUUGUUUAAUUUUUCUCGUUUUAUUCAAAUCUACUUUUUCUUGGGGUGGACUUGUCCUUUAAUAACCCCUAGUAUAAAUCGAUUAGUGGUUUUACUUACCAAGGAUUAUCAUGUAGAAACAGCAACCACUACAAAAAUAUUUGAAUGACAGUCUGCAACUCGCUAAUGUAAUUUGUCAAGAUCUGCAUGAAUAAAAUUCCCUUUUUGAAAGCCGCUACUUUGGGCGGUCAGUCGGAGAUAUUUCAAUAAACUAAUUCAAUAUAUACAUCAGCAUGGUCAAAAUAAAAUGGCGAUUGGAUAACAGCAAAUAGAAAUUUUGCACUUCAUAUAGGCCUAUAGCAUUUAUUGGUUUUGGGGCAAGAAAAUCAGGAAAAUGCCUAAGUAUGAGAGUAGCAACCAUGAUGACAUCUCUGACCUUAUCAAAGGUAACAAUAGAAUUUAAUCUCCUAUCCUAGUAAAGUUUUGUGCAUUAUAUGUUUCAUAACAAAAGUUGAUGUGAUUCCUUAUUAUUGGAUAAGGCAUCCCCACAAUGACGGUUCAAUGUAAUACUCAUUAAUACGGCUAGUACCAGUCAUUAGAAAUAUUUCCAUGUUAGCGAAAAUAAAUUCCUUAUUACGUGAUAAAUUGCAGUCAAUCAUUGAUAUUAAGGAACCAUAAUAUGUGUCAAUACUGUUAUAUUCAUGACUUUUAUUCAUAUUAAAAAAAAAUAAUGCAAUCAUAUUCCUUAUCUUUAUUCAGAUACUUCAACAUUCGCGUCCCUUACCGUAUGGCAUCUGAGUUUUGUGAAAUGGUUACUCCUUGUGGAAACGGUCCCUCUAGAAUGGGUGCUCUAGCUUCAAUAUCGUCCCCUAUCGAGAACCAUGAAGUCUACCGAAUGGUGGCAAGCUUCUCGCAAGACAACCAGAUGGAAAACGAAGUCUGGCUUGGAUGGAACACUCAAAACCCUAGAUUCUGGGAAGAUGGUACCCCUGCUUAUCCAAAUGGAUUCGCUGCUUUCACCAGUCAGGGAGUUAUACCUCCUGGCCGUCGUGGUAGACCUGGUAUGCCUACAAGUGGAUGGCCCGUUAACCCUGCAAACCCAUGGACACCACCUCCAGGUAGGGCUCCCGUCAUGAAGCGUCAGCACGUAACCCCGCAACAACCAGGUCAAAGACCAAAUCUUGGACCAGAGUGGGACCUAGUGGAGGCAACUGCCAUGCGUGCUUUUGUCUGUGAGGUAGCUGCAGGCCAAAACAUCCCCCCUGGUCAACAACCUGGCUUCGGUGGGCAACAACCUGGCUUCGGUGGGCAACAACCUGGCUUCGGUGGACGACAACCUGGCUUCGGUGGGCAACAACCUGGCUUCGGCGGGCAACAACCUGGCUUCGGCGGGCGACAACCUGGCUUCGGCGGGCGACAACCUGGCUUCGGCGGGCAACAACCUGGCUUUGGGGGACAACAACCUGGCUUCGGCGGGCAACAACCUGGCUUCGGCGGGCAACAGCCCGGCUUUGGGGGGCAACAACCUGGCUUUGGCGGGCAGCAGCCUGGCUUUGGGGGACAACAACCGGGUUUUGGUGGGGGACCACAACGACCUGGCAUGGGGGGACAGCCAAACAGUCCAAACCCGAGGUUCAACAGACCACGUAUGCUCCAGGAAGCUGAAACUGAUGUUACAGCAUAAGACUCGAACUCAGAUUGAACUUACUACUCUCACAUUGUUAUUUUUAAUUUCUCUUCAACUAUGUGUUUAUAUUCCUACAUCAUAAACCGGAUUUUGAUGACUCUGUGAACACCAAAUUGUUUUAGGGUGCCCUCAACGCAAUGUUCCAUGUUCAAUCUGCGAAAGCACUUCUUGGUAUUUUUGCAACAGUGUUAAAGGAGCGAUGUGGUUUGUGCAGGUACGCUAUCGGAGAACAGUUACAGAAUACAAGCCUAGAAGGAUAACAUACGUUUGAACAAUCUGUUUGAAUUAUUGAUACUAAAGGGUCUAUGCCUUAGCCGGUCUAUUCAUUUUGUGGCAUAGGCCUACUUAAAUUUGUUUUCUUUUUUGAAAAGGACAUUGGAUAUGAUUGUAAAGAUUUAAAUUUUGAAUCACGAUGAAGUUAGUAAAAUAAAUAUGUAAUAUAUCAUAGUAAAACAA